AUGAAGCCCUUACACCAGAGGCUGAACUUGUACAUAGACGGGAAUGAGACGUACACAUUCGUCCCUGCCGAGCCGGUGGGAGCGCGGUCGUUGACAAUAUACCGCAACUCCGGGGACAUCGUGCUCAACGCCCCGAACACUCCUCUGCCCACGAAUGCCGAACGCUCCGUGAAGACAAUAUACGGCAUAUACGGCAUGAUAUCGUUGGCAAUGUCGGAAUACGUCAUUGUAAUCACUGGCCGUGAGCUACGCGGCCACAUAAUGCGACAGAACAUCUAUCGCGCCACGGAGUAUGACAUCCUCCCCCUCAACCCGGAUGUAUCUAUCCAGAAUCCUCCCAACGUCGUGGAGUCGCAUCUCCUGGCACUUGUGCAGUCGCAUCUUCAGGGUGGCACGUUCUUCUUCAGCUAUGGUUGGGACGUCACCAGAAGACUGCAGGCGCAGUGGGCAUCCUUGAAGGAAGAAGGAGAUAAAGCACUUUGGGAGAUUGCAGACGAUAGGUUCUUCUGGAACAAGUUCCUCCACAACAGGUUCAUAGAUAUCACGUCUACGAAUCCCGAUCAGAAUCUCAGUGCCUACAUCCUUCCGGUCAUCUACGGCACCUUCGAUAUCCGCCCUGUGCAGAUCAGCAUAUGGCAGAUCCGUCUCGGUCUCAUCAGUCGCCGGUCUCGCUAUCGCGCCGGCACACGGUACUUCAGGCGUGGCAUUGAUCCUGAAGGACAUGUCGCGAACUUCAACGAGACAGAGCAGAUCCUGCUCGUCGGAGGGGAUGAAUCGGGUACCCAGCUCAGCUUUGUGCAGAUCCGUGGCAGCAUCCCUGUGUACUGGGCAGAAGUGAACACCCUAAGGUACAAACCCGACGUGCAGAUCAUGGAACUGCAGGAUACGGUCGACGCGAUGCGUGCACAUCUACAGGAGAACCUCAAACUGUAUGGCGGGCAGACCUUAGUCAACUUAGUCAACCACAAGGGUCAUGAGAAGCCUGUCAAGGAGGCGUUCGAGAAGUACAUCGCCCAGGCCAAUUUACCGAAGACCAGAUACGAGUACUUCGACUUCCACAGCGAGUGCAGCAAGAUGCGCUGGCACAGAAUCAGCGUUCUCAUCGAUAAGUUGGAAGAAGAGCUGCUUCAAAACGGAUAUUUCCAUCUUGAUUCCAACAAGCCGGAGCCAGUCAAGCUGCAGACCGGUGUUGUCCGCACGAACUGCAUGGACAACCUUGAUCGCACCAACGUCGCACAGUCGGCCAUUGCGAAGUGGAUGCUUGAGCGUCAGCUAAAGGACCUGCGGGUGAUCCAGGAGAAUGACUCCGUGGAUAACUAUGAGGAGCUCACGCGCGACUUCCGUGAAAUGUGGACCGAUCACGCCAACUUCAUCUCCAUUGCGUACUCCGGAACAGGGGCGCUCAAGACCGACUUCACACGCACGGGGAAGAGGACCCGACAAGGCCUGUUCGAGGAUGGCUGGAACUCUGUAAUGCGAUACCUCAAAAACAACUUCUUCGACGGCGCACGACAGGAUGCGUUUGACUUGAUGACCGGUGCGUGGUGGCCUCGCCGUGGGUGGAACCCAGCAACGCUAGUGGUCGAUCGCAGGCCGCUCAUCAUCCGUGCGCCUCCAUACAUCCUGCUCUUCUCCUUGUUCAUGAUCUGUGCCGGUCUCACGCUCCCUCGCACGUCCGACUACUCGCUCUUCUACUACUUCCUCCUCUGGUUUACCCUUGUCUUCGUCUCGCUCGCGUUCAUCUUCGUGCACGGCAUCGACUACGUCAACUGGCCGCGCCUGCAGCCGCUCACUGACAUCAUCUAUUACGACGGCCCCGGAUUCCGCGCUGCGCACCACGGCAAGGGUCUUGGCCUGCCCGCGCUUGAGAGGUUCAAGGCGGGUGACAAGGAGCACCGCCGCGCGAAAAGCAAGAAGCUUGACGAGAUUGAGAUGGGAUCUGUUACGUCCAAGGAGCACUUCGACUGAUCCUGAUCCUGAGGUAUUGCUUUCGUAUGCUGGUGGCGCGUCGGGCUGUGUUUCGACUGGGACCUUGGGACUCCGCUAUGCACGAGCCCCGUAUCCUAUGUAUCUAUGUUAAUGCCUCACGAC